AAGGAGAAAGGAGCAUGAUAUCUCUCACCUUGCACCCCACAACCCACCUGCGCACGUUAGUCAUCACUCCUUUCUCUCUCUCUCUUAGACUUCUCUCUCUCCUGCAGUUCCCUGUCUCCCAACGAUCUGAUUCCCUCUUUCUCUCUCCAAAACCCCUUUUGGGUUUAACCCAUUUUUUUCUCUGUUUUUUUGUCUCCCCGCUGCUGAAUUCUGUGACUUUUUUGCUGAGGGAAUUGGAGAUUUUUGGGCAUUUUAAUGGCUGAAUGCCCACUCUCUCCAUUUUCUCACUCCUGUUGUGCAGGUUCGGGGCCUAAAAACAAUGUGAAAGGUCCUCAUAGGACUUGGUUGCUCCUGAGGAUGGAUGAACUGAUCUGAGAUGUGAUGCUUUUAUCGGUUCUUGCAAGGACAAAAUGUUAAUACAGGGAGAUUUUGAUCUGAAUUCUGCACAAAGAUAUGCUGAUUCGACCAAAGAAGUUUUAAAGCAGACAAUACUGGAUCAGGAGAUUAUAUUUAGGAAGCAGGUUCAUGAACUCCAUCGAUUAUAUGGGAUACAAAAGACUCUGAUGGAGAAUCUCAGCUGGAAAGAGCUUGAAAGUUAUGAUUCAUGGAAAGCAAGCACACAAUCAAACCUGGUGGGCUCUACCCAAUUUAUAAACCAGGAUUUGUUAGAAGAGCACCAAGGUGUUUGCUCCGAGCUUCAGCCAAGGCAUUCUAGUCUUCAAAAGAGGCCUUUUGAUCUUCAACUUCCUGCUGAUCAGUAUAUCAGUAGCAUCGAUAUGGACCUUCCAGAAAAAGGGAAGAGUUGGGAUUCUCUAAAAGAAUCCUUAGGUGAUAAGAGUUCUUUUCUUGGGAAUAAUGUUUCUAAUCCAGAGUUUUUGAAGCUUUCCUUGUGUAUUGGAGAGGAUACUAGCAAGAAGGGAGGUGGCAGUAGAAACAGGUACAGUGAGAAGACAUUUUCCUGCGCCCAGUAUGUUAUUGAUUUAGAAGAAUCAACAGAAAAAGGAUCAGAUGAGGAUACUCAAACUGUGUCCCCUCUCAUCUUUGCUGGCCUGACCCCUUCUUCAGGAGACAAGCAUGAGCUGCAAGCUUCUGUUUUAUCUAAUCUGGCCACCUCCAAAAGUGGAAAGAAAGAUCCAGAAGAUGGGACCAUGAUGAGUUGCUCUAUUGUUGAUGGCAGCGAAAGCUAUCAAGAGCAAACUUGUUUUCAUCAAGGGCUCAAUGAGAGUUAUGGUGACGUCAGGAGUAAUAAUCUGUUCACCAAGAAGCAACAGUUCACUUCUUAUGUAGCAGGGCAGAUGGAUCUCAACAGGAUUCAGUUUGAAGAUUCAUCAUGUUACUCAAAUGAUGUUGUGGUGCCCUAUCCUUCAACAGCAAGCUCUUCAGGUAUUCUUCAUGGACUAGAUGGUCAGUUUGAGGAAGGUGGUUGUCCUACCAUGACUUGCUGGAGAAAACCAAAUGCUGACAGCCUCAAUGAAAAUUCCGACACACUUCCCACUCUGACGGACUCCAACAAUAAAAGUAAUAGUACUGAGAUUUUGCCUAUAAGUGCCAAAUCCAAUGGAAGUAAUGGAAGCGAACUGUGCCCUAUAGACCUUGAGUCUGUAUCUGGCCCCGCAUUAGAUCUCUGUGAGGAUCCUGGAAGAUGCUGUAGCAGUACCCAAAAUGAAGUGGACUUGCCACUAGAACCUCCAACCGGUCUUUUACAUGAUGGUGAAGAUACUGUAUUUUCAUUCCCAUAUCGGAGUCACAGUACCGUUCAAGAUGGGAACUGCAAGUCUGACUGUAUUGCUGACAACAAUUCCAGCAGCAUCAAGACAAUGUUAUCUAGAGUUGAAUUGGGAGGUUCAAAUCUUUCUACUUUCGAUGAGCUCCCAAAAAGCCAGAUAUGGUCUCAAGUUGCAGAAACGCCAUUCAGUGAGCAGGAUAGCAGUGAAUCAAAACACCAAUGCCACACAAAGAAGGAUGAAGAGUCAGAUGUAAAUGCUUUGGUCCAGAAGGCAGCCGAAUCACUCAUCCAUAUCUCAUUGGAAAGUUCAGCUUGUUAUCAAGAAUGUUUUACCAACAAGGGAUCCCAUGAAAGGGAAAAUGACAAAAGGGAACAGCCACAAUAUUCUUCUGAUUCUUUCGAGUCAAUUACACUGAAGCUAAUGGAAAGCAGUGCAGAUGACUACUCUGUAUCAUCAAUGCCAUUUGAGGUAAAUGGAUCAGAAGAAAAAGAUUUUGGUUUUAAGCUGAGAAGAGGGAGGAGAAUGAAAGAUUUUCAGAGGGACAUAUUACCUGGACUAGCAACUCUUACCAGACAUGAAAUAUGUGAGGAUAUAAACAUUCUGGAUGGAGUUAUUAGAUCAAGAGAGUACCGGAGGAUGAGAUCCAAAAUGGGCAAUGGAGAGAAUUGCUGUACACCCUUGAGAAGCAGAAGGUCUAGACGUAAUUAUGGUGGCCGAAGAAAUCAUUUAUGAAAAUUCAUAUCAAGUUUGUGACCGCAUCACAUAUGAAAAUAGAAUUAUUGUGGACCCAUAUACCAGAAAUAAUUUUUAAAUCCGUGUACUGAUUUUCAGAUUA